AUGGGGAACGGGUGGUCGUACGACCGGAGCCUCUACGCUGAGACGGUGGCGUCCGAGUUCCACUGGGUGUGCGAUGAGGAGUGGAGGAUCACCCUGACCUUCACCCUGGUGGCCACGGCGGCCAUGCUCGGCUCCCUCGUCCUCAGCUACCUGGCCGACAGGUUCGGUCGACGCCCCAUAUUCUACGGAUCGGCGACGCUGUACCUCGUUUUUGGCACUGGCUUCCUCUACGCAAGAGACCACCGGCUCUUCUACGUCCUCAUAUUCCUCAUGAGCAUCGCCUUCCCUUCCUGUUUCCAAAUCGCCUACAUCAUGUGGACUAUCAGAGACUAUCGGCUCAAUCCUCUUGAAUGGUUCAACGGAGACGAAUUCCGGAGGUUUCGUCUUUCAAACCGUGGCCGACUCGAUUCGGACAAUGGAGCAGCAGCUGGCACAAUAUUCAUUCUCUUUCCAAGUGCAACCACACCGCUUUUAAACGUGUUUAAGUCGGGGAUAAACGUGUUCAUGGAAACUCGUCUGGAGCAGGCGGGUCCCGAGCACCGGAUGGUAGUAGACUUCGGGAUGAACAUCGUCUACGUCUUGGGGGUGUGCCUACAGGUGUUCUUGGCUUGGAUCACGCGAGGUCACUGGGUCUACUUUGGCCUUGCCACCACCCUCCCCGUCGCUGCCUUCUAUGGCUACUUCAGGGUCAUACCGGAGAGUGCGCGGUGGCUGUCGAGCCGCGGAAGGUAUCGGGAGGCAGCGGAGAUCCUGAGGCGACUCGCCAAGGUGAACGGGAGGGCCUGCCCCGAGGACGUGGAAGACAGGCUCCGACUGGUCGAUCGGGACCAGGAGCCCAGCUAUGGCUUUGUCUCACUUUUCGUCCCUCCUAGGACCCGGCGACGUAUCGUAAUUAUCGUCUACAUGUGGUAA